AUGCGCGAGUUCGACUACAGGCAGAUGGGGCAGCUCUUUGUCAUGGGCUUCGAUGGUACUAGUGUUAAUUCUGAGAUCCGUUCGCUAAUCGAGGACUAUCAUCUCGGUUCCGUCAUAUUGACCGCUAAGAAUUUGAAAUCGGCAGAAGAAACGACCAAGCUGGUGUACGAGCUACAAUCCAUCGCGCGGAAUGCUGGCCAUCCUGUGCCACUUAUGAUAUGUCUCGACCAAGAAAAUGGCGGUGUCAAUAGUCUCUUCGAUGAAAUUUACAUUCGCCAGUUCCCCAGCGCCAUGGGGAUGGCUGCGACUGGUUCGAAAUCUCUCGCCAGAGAAGUUUCUAAGGCUACUGCUCAGGAACUUAGCGCAGUUGGUAUAAAUUGGAUCCUGGGUCCCGUGCUAGAUGCGUUGACGAAUGCCAGAAACCAGCCUCUGGGUGUUCGAAGUGUAGGCGAUGACCCCCAGGAGGUAUCUGCCUAUGGCAUCGAGUUUAUGAAAGGCUAUCAAGAUGCGGGCUUGGUAACUUGCGGAAAGCAUUUUCCCUCGUAUGGCAAUUUAGAUUAUAUGGGCUCCCAAUCCGAUGUUCCCAUUAUCACGGAUUCGAUUGAGCAACUCAGCGUGAGCGCGCUAGUGCCAUACAGGAGCGCAAUCACAAAUGGUAUAGACUCCAUGAUGGUAGGAGGAUGUGCAAUGUCGUCUGCUGGGAUGACCGUCAUGCAUGCCUGUUUGUCCGAACAGGUUGUGGACGACCUCCUGCGAAAAGACCUGAAAUUCGACGGCGUGGUCGUUUCAGAAUGCCUAGAAAUGGAGGCGCUCAGUUACAACAUAGGGGUUCGCGGUGGAACAGUCAUGGCCAUGAAGGCGGGCUGUGACAUCAUCCUGUUAUGUCGUUCUUUCUCUAUUCAACAGGAAGCUAUCAAUGGGCUAAAGGUAGGGGUAGAGAAUGGUAUGAUUAGUAAAAGCCGGAUACGCGAAUCAUUGCGAAGGGUCCUGGAUAUGAAGUCGCGAUGCACGUCAUGGGAAAAAGCAUUGAAUCCCCAAGGAAUCAGCCUUCUUUCAAGAAUGCAACCGUCACAUACAAGUCUAUCCACCAAAGCAUAUAACAGUUCCCUCACCGUUGUCAGAGAUAAACACAAUUACCUUCCGUUAACGAGUAUCCUGGAACCCGACGAAGAACUUCUUCUCCUCACACCUUUGGUUAAGCCACUCCCUGCGUCUGCCACGUUGUUAUCGAUUGUUACCGAAAACUCAAAUCGACCAUCACUCUCAACUGAUGCCGUCUCAUGGGAACGCAAUGCUUCCGUGAUGAGCGGCGAGAGCGUUUUCAGAGAGUUUGGGCGGUCGUUAGCUCGACAGAGGAACGGGCGAGUUUUGCAUACCUCCUACACGGCCAACGGUGUCCGGCCUGUCCAUGAAAAUUUAAUCGAUCGUGCAAGCGCAGUCAUUAUCGUCACUGCUGAUGCAAAUAGAAACCUUUACCAAAACGGUUUUACCAAGCAUGUGUCCCUUAUCUGCAACUCCCAAUUUUCUCCCAGUGGAGAACGUCGCGCAAAACCUGUGGUUGUUGUAGCUGUCAGCUCGCCUUAUGAUUUUGCUACAGAUCAGUCUAUAGGUACCUAUAUUUGCACUUACGACUUCACAGAAACCGCCCUUCAAACUCUAGUCAAGAUUCUAUAUGGAGAGCUGGUACCCACGGGCUCACUUCCCGGCUCUCUCAGCCGUAACCAGAGACUGCAACAAUCAAGGCAACACUGGUUGGUGGAGAAUUGGAACGAAGACCGGGAUACCCACGCUCUCGAUAGUCUCCUCAAUAUUGUUAGAGAAGAUGUUACUCAAGGCCAACGGUCUGAACUUUUUAGCGUAACCUCCUCCACUCUUCUUCUACGCAACAACGACGUGGAAGAGUCUCACUUCGUAGUAAGAAACAGUAGCACUCAUUCGCUCUAUGGAUUCUGCUCGACAUAUUACUUCAAAUCCACCGGAACCGGUGUGAUCGGCGCGCUUAUUGUCGACCCUUCCCGCCGAAGAAUGUCCAUUGGCCAUUCACUUCAUAACCGUGCAAUCCGAACACUGAUCCAACGUCCGGGCAUCCGAAGCUUCCAGCUCGGCGCCAGAUUACCCGGGAUAUAUCUGGGAAUCCCCACAGGCAACCCAGUGGAACGCAAGAGGCUUAGGCAGUGGUUCGCCAAUCUGGGGUGGAACACAGCCCUCUCUCGCUCAGUUUGCAGCAUGGUCCUGCGAAAUCUCGAAAACUGGACGCCACCAGAGGGGCUAACGAAAAUCCUACAGAGCUCUGAUGUGGAUUAUGAUCUUGUUUAUGGCUGGGAGUAUGCAGACUCGGUUCUGGAUCAUGUCAAGACUACAUCGCGCGUGGGGGUUAUGGAGCUUUACAAGAGGGGGCUAAGCGGUGCGCCUGGAAGUGGUAUUAUUCGGGCUAAACGCCGUGAAGACGGAACGAUACUGGGUAGUGUGGUAGUAUAUAAUUCUACUUCGACGCUGGCGGAGGCAAUGCCCGCCCUUAGGGAAACUCACGCGAUAUCCGGGGCGAUCUCUUCGCCGGUGAUAUCCCCUUCAGUGGGGGAAUAUGCUACGCUGGUGCAGGGAUUAAUAUUACUGGGGAUCAAGCAGAUACGAAAGCAAGGGGCUAGUGCAGCAGUUCUUGAUUGCGUUGACGGCGACGGAAAUUAUGAUAGUCUCUCCUCCAUGGGAUUUUCUGUGCUGCACAGCUUCGAUGAAGUCACCUGCGACGUUUCUAACUGGAAUAUGAUGUCCGCUUCAUGA